AUGGACCAAGAUGCAUACGAAGAUAAGAUCUGCGACCUACUCAAAGAUAAGGAAACCUACUCCAAACUUAAGAGGGACCCAACCCUAGCCAACGAAAGGAAGAUCAACCAACAACUGUUGACCCUACACAGAUCCGACGCACUACCCAAGGCACUCUACUUCCAACUCAGAUCUUCGUCAGCCAAAUCACCCAUCCUCUUUGGACAGCCCAAGAUUCACAAGCCACUCAUCCCUCUCCGCCCUAUCAUCUCUACCCGAGGAUCAUCCUGCUACAACACUGCACGUCAUCUCGCCAACAUUCUACAACCACUCGUAGGCCAAACCCAGCACCACGUCACCAACUCCAAGCACUUCAUCGACAUCCUCUCCAAAACCAAGAUCCAGCCAUCCGACACGCUCGUCAGCUUCGAUGUCACCUCUCUAUUCACCAGCGUUCCUGUAGACCAAGCAUGCGACAUCAUUAAACAACGCCUCAUCUCAGACCCAGACCUCGAAUCUAGGACCAAGCUCACACCUGACCAGAUCCACGACCUCCUUCUCACCUGCCUCCACUCAAACUCCUUCAAAUGGCGCAACGACUUCUACAAACAACUUCAAGGAGCAGCCAUGGGAUCUCCACUCUCACCAAUCAUCGCCAACAUCUUCAUGGAACACCUCGAGCACCAAGCACUCAAGUCCGCCUACAAGUCUCCUUCACUCUGGCUACGCUACGUCGACGACACCUUCGUCAUCUGGCCACACAGCACACCAGACCUCCACCAGUUCCUCGACCACAUCAACAACCAACACCCCAGCAUUAAGUUCACCAUGGAGACCCAACACGAAAACUCAAUCCCUUUCCUAGACGUACUCAUCACCAAGACACCAUCAGGAUUCCCCGCGCACCAAGUAUACAGGAAACCAACCCACACAGACCGCUACCUCAAUUUCCGAUCUCACCACCAUCCGUCAGUCCACCAAUCAGUCUCCAACUCACUUAUCAGACGAGCCCACCAACUCAGUGACAAAGCACAUCUCCAGCAAGAACUCAAGCACAUCACGCACGCACUCACUUCCAUCAACCAGUACCCAAGAAGGAAAAUCAACACCCGAACUUCCUACCACAAGACCAACAACAUCACUACCGGAACCCAACCUGAUAACAAGCCUACCGCCACCAUCGUACUUCCCUACAUCGGCAAGACAUCACACCGACUACAACGCAUCCUCCGCUCAGCCAACAUCCUCGUCAGACACCAAUCCAGCCACAAGCUUCACUCCACUCUUCACUCUCACAAGGACAAGCACCCAUCCAACAAACGACCAGGCGUCUACAAGAUUCCCUGCGACUGCGGCAAAGUCUACAUUGGAGAAACCGGCCGCGAUUACGACACCCGACUCAAAGAACACAAGACCCACCACCGACGCAGCGACUGGGACAAGUCAGCCAUCGUCAAGCACGCACAACAAGAGCUCCACCGCAUUCACUGGGAUAAAAGUCACCUCAUCACCAACAUCCGACAUUGGCACACCCGAAGGGUCCGAGAAGCCAUCGAGAUCCACCAACACAACACCGUACCCCAAGACCCAGGCCUUCACAUCAACAGCAUCUGGCACCCAAUCCUUCCUCACCAUUCUACUUCCGACCAAUCUUCAACCAACUCCACAACCAGCACGCCAACCACCAACACGUCACCUAUCCAUCCAUCCGUCAGCCCAAACACCACCUGCAACCACCCAACCACUCCUACUCAAACAAGCACUACACGUUCUCAACUAGCCACUUCACCCACACAAGCACCGACCACGCCCACACCUCGCUACAACCUACGCCGACGAAACCGCCGACCAACACACACAGAGCGACACCACUAA